GUGAUCUAGUGGGUUCCUGCAGCAGACCCCACCUGUUCAAGUUUAUUACUUUUUUUUUGGUUUUAUUCAAGUUUUUCUGGUUGAGCCACCUUUGAAGCCCCACAAGUCCAAACUCCAAAGAGAGCAUGAGACAACAUGUUGGGUUCCACAGAAUGAGUUUCUCAAUCUCAAAUGUUUUUAACCCAUAAAGCAACCCAAACAGACUAAUCAAUCAGGUUUCUUCAUUGAGAAGGAGAAAAGAAAGAGAUAGAGACACCCCAUGAAAGAUAAAAAGUUGCAAAGAGGAUCAUAUCUGAGAAAAAGACUGGAACAUAUUACUUUGACAAGAAAGUCUUGAUCUUUCCCUGCUCUAUCACCUUCUCUAUUUACACUCAUAUUUAUCCAAAACACUAAACACAGCCACUUUCCAAAAUUCUUGAGCUUUAGCAAUUCAAUUUGAAUCACAGCAAUGUUUCGGUUUCAGAGGAAGAUGAUAUAAUGGUAUAAAACAAGUUUGCAUGGCGAGCCACAGAAUAGGAGAACUCGGUUUGUCUGAGUCGGGACCUUCAAGUCACCACAUCCCUUAUGGAGUGCUUCAUGGAAUUAACACUACUACUCCAGUAUCAAGCUUAAUCAAUCAAGGAUCUGCUUUUGAUUUUGGGGAGCUGGAGGAAGCAAUUGUUCUGCAUGGAGUUAAGGGUAGAAAUGAUGAUGACAAAGCAUCUUUAUUCACAGCCAGACCUGCAGCUACACUGGAAAUGUUCCCUUCAUGGCCAAUGAGAUUCCAACAAACCCCAAGAGGUGGUUCAAAGUCAGGAGGGGAAAGCACUGAUUCAGGUCUUUCCAGCAAGACUGAGCCCCCCCUUGAGGCAGAAUCUCCCAUGAGUAAAAAGGCAUCUUCUUCAGAUCACCAGGCUUUUGAUCAGCAGCAUCUGCAGCAAAGACAGCAACUUCAACAGGAUAUGGCAAGUGAUGCCGCAAGAACACCCUCUUCACAGAAUCAAUCAGCAGCCAAAUCACAAGAAAAGAGAAAGGGAGCUGGUUCAACAUCAGAGAAACCACUUGAUGCAAAGACACUAAGACGUUUAGCUCAAAACAGAGAGGCUGCAAGGAAAAGCCGUCUCAGGAAAAAGGCUUAUGUGCAGCAACUAGAAUCAAGUAGAUUAAAGCUUACCCAGAUAGAACAAGAACUCCAAAGAGCACGUUCUCAGGGCUUGUUCGUGGAUUGUGGUGGUGUUGGAAGCAAUGUAUGCUCUGGAGCCGCAAUGUUUGACAUGGAAUAUGGAAGAUGGUUAGAAGAAGAUCACAGGCUAAUGGGGGAGCUUCGUAACGGGUUGCAAGUACCCUUAUCAGAUAGUGAUAUGAGAGUGAUGGUGGAUGGAUAUCUCUCCCACUAUGAUGAGAUUUUCAGGCUCAAGGGUGUGGCUGCAAAAUCAGAUGUGUUUCACCUUAUCAAUGGCAUGUGGACUUCCCAAGCUGAACGUUGCUUCCUCUGGAUUGGUGGUUUUAGACCCUCUGAUCUCAUCACGAUGCUGAUACAACAAUUGGAGCCACUGGCUGAGCAACAGAUAAUGGGAAUGUAUGGUCUGAGACAUUCCUCACAGCAAGCAGAAGAAGCACUCUCUCAGGGCCUUGAACAGUUGCAGCAAUCUCUGGUGGACACCAUUGCUGGAGGCCCAGUUGUUGAUGGUGUGCAACAAAUGGUGGUUGCCAUGAGCAAACUAGCCAAUCUUGAAGGAUUUGUUCGUCAGGCUGAUAAUUUGAGGCAACAAACUCUUCAUCAGUUAUGUCGAUUACUCACAGUUCGUCAAGCAGCACGAUGUUUCAUUGUGAUCGGAGAAUACUAUGGUCGUCUUCGAGCCCUUAGUUCUCUCUGGGCAUCAAGACCACGAGAGACCUUGAUCGGUGAUGACAACUCAUGCCAAACAACCACAGAAAUGCAAGUGGUCCAACAUUCUCAGAAUCAUUUCUCAACUUUCUGAGAGAUGUAAUUAAAAAUCCAUUAGCUUGAAAAUUAAGAAGCUUGUUAUAUGUGGUGGGGCUGCUUUUUACCAUGAUGAAUGCCAGUGUCUUCUUGAAAAAAAAAAUGUUUAUUUAUUUUUCUUUUCAGCCUUCUAGUGCUUUUAUGUCUGUAAAUGUAAAAAUUUAGUUUUAAUGUGCAUGCAAGAUGAGAAAGCUCCUACUUUAGCUAAAAAGGAAAUAGAAAAAAAAAAUUGCAUUUUAUGAAAA